ACUGACCACGCCUCCUUCGAUGAAUCUGGACCGACCACACCUCCUCCGCUCCACCAGAACAGAAUAAACAGACCUGUCCGAGGGCUCUUGGUUGGAGCUCCCAGGGAGAAGGCAGAGCCUGGUGUUCCAGCAAAUCAAACAGGGGGCGUGUACAGCUGCCCAGUGAGCACAGACCAAUCAGAAUGCAGCAGGAUAAAGCUCAUUGAUCCAGAGGUCAACCUGUCAGAGGACCUGAUAGAAGACAUGUGGCUGGGAGUGACCGUGGCCAGCCAGGCUCCUCCCGGUGGGCGGGUCCUGGUGUGUGGUCAUCGGUUCGUUAAACUUUACGGACCUUUAGGAAUCCGACAGAUGAUUGGUCGAUGUUAUCUCCGUGGAAACGACCUGUGGUACGAUGACACUGACAUGAACUGGCAGAACCCAGAACAACCGUGCAGUCACUUGGGUGAUAUCAGAGCUGAGGUCAUGUGUAACGCAGGUAUUUCAGCUUCAAUCACUCAGAACGAGGUCAUCAUCGGAUCACCUGGAAGUUACGAAUGGCAAGGAAAUGUCCAUGUUUCCUGGUUAAACCCUGACGAUGUCUUUGACUCUCAGAAAAGUUCCUUCACCAACAUGAACCACAGAAGCAUUUAUAUCGGAUACUCUGUCACUCAGUCUCACCAUCUUCUCUCUGAGAACGAAGUAACCAUAGUAACAGGUGCUCCAAAGGACAGUAAACAUGAUGCGCGUGGCUCCGUGCUGUUGGCGGUUAAACGGUCCAAUCAGCUGAUCAGUCAGCUCACCCUGCGUGGCGAGCAGACGGGCUCGUACUUCGGUAACGCCGUAGCAACCAGCGACUUCAACAACGACGGGUGGGACGACCUGUUGGUUGGCGCUCCUUUUUACUUCCAUCGCCAACAGGAGGUGGGUGGAGCCGUUUAUGUCUACAUGAACUCAGGUGGGAGGAUCAGUCCAGAACCCAGUGUGAUUCUGAGAGGACCAGCUGGGUCGGCCUUCGGUAUGAGUGUCACUGCUGCUGGAGAUCUGAAUCAAGACGGCUUCCAGGACUUUGCAGUCGGAGCUCCGUUCCAUGAAACAGGAAGUGUGAUGAUCUGGGUUGGGAGUAAAGACGGAGUGUCAACAGAACCGAGCCAGGUGAUCCGUGGCAGCAGCGUGUCUCCUCGCUUCAGGACAUUCGGCUUCUCUCUGUCCUCAGGUUUGGACGUGGACGGGAACAAGUAUCCAGAUCUGCUGAUCGGCUCUCUGGACGACACGGUCGCUCUGCUCAGAACCCGUCCAGUCGUCCAUCUCAGUAAAACACUCCGUGUUUUUCCAAACAUCGUCGACUCAAACGUCUGUGACUUUUGUAUUCAGGUGGAAGUGUGUUUCGCUUACAUCUUCAGCACCGGAGAGAAAAGUGACAGAGACAACGUCACUGUCUCUUUCACUGUAGCUGCUGACAUCACCAGCCUCAAGCCCCGCCUCCAUUUCCAUGACAACGGGCACAGCACCUACUCCGCCUUCCUGUCCAUGUCAAAAAAACUAUGUCAAACCAUCAGAGUGGGACUUCUGAGUCCAGUCAGAGACAAAGUGAAGCCUCUGGUCUUUUCUCUGGACGCUUCAUUACAUGAAAACCUUCCCAAGAGAAGAAGUCCUCUACACGACCUCAAACACUUCCCAGUGCUGAGCCACACACCACAUCCCAUCAGAACCCAGAUCCAGAUCCAGAAGACCUGUGGUUCUGACAACCAUUGCCAUAGUAACCUGCAGAUGACAGCCCAGUUCACAGACGAAGAUCAAAAACCCUUCAGCAGGGUGAAUGUCUCUCAGUUGUUACAGAACAACUUCACAGUAACCAGGUUGUUACUGGAGGUGAACAUCAGUAACCUUCAGUCUCCAGGUCGACCAGCAGAGGACGCUCACGCUGCCACUCUGAAUAUCAGCUUCCCUCCAUCACUCUUAUACUCUGGAGUUCGGACUAAGGGUGAAAUGAUGACAUCAUCAGUCAAGUGUUCAGUCAAACACCGGGUUCUUGUGUGUGAGCUGGGGAACCCGUUCAGAAGCCAGCAGAAGGUUCAGGUGUGGAUCAUAUUUCAGUUUGACAUGAGUGUGGACACAACAGAGAUCCAGACUGAACUACAGCUGUCCACUCUCAGUGAACAGUCUCUGUCUCCCGUCCUCGUCUCAGUGUUGGUGAAUCACUGGCUCCUGACGUCUCUGUCUCUAAUCAGCUCACCAGGCCCCACCUCCUUCAGUGGUCAUGUGAUGGAUGAAAACCUCGGCGCUCUGCUGCUCUUCAUCUUCCAGGUGCACGUCCAAGGCCCGUCACUUGGUCGUCUAGGUAACCUGGAGGUGGAGUUUCAUUGGCCAUGGGCGUUGUUCAAUGGGAAGCGGUUGCUGUACCUCACAGAGGUCCAGGUGCAGGGCGCUCGCUGUGAUCCACCUGAUACGGUAGCCAUGCUGUUAGAGGAGGGGAAGGACAGAGGGAGGUGGAGUCUGGAGGAAGAGCCUGUCCUCCACCUGUACGCACACAGAAAAAAGGCCUACAUUCUGGACUGUGUACAGGGAGCCAAGUGUGUGACAUUUGUGUGUCCACUGACGGACAUGAAGAACUCAGCGACUCUGACAGUCCGAGCGCGGCUGUGGAGCACCACCAUGAUGGAGGACUUUAUUGACGCAGAAAGUGUUGUGGUCCGAGGUCGAGCGACUCUGAAGCUGCACACAAACACAACCAACAUCAAAAUGGAGCCUCACAGUGUGGACAUUGAGGUCCACAUUUAUCCAGAUCUGGGACGGCAGGUGGACUUCAGUGCCCCCUGGUGGCUGGUGGUGGUGUCUGUUAUGGUUGGAGUGUCACUGCUGGCUGUGAUCUGUCUGCUGCUGUGGAAGUGUGGUUUCUUUGUGCGUCACACGGUGGCGCUCCACCAGGGGAGGAUUAUGGGUAAACAGCAGCAGCACAAGGAUGCUGAUGGUUUCCUGAUUCAGGGCCACGCCCCCUCACCACCGAAACACUGGCUCACUUCCUGGACUGAGACUCGCUGACACAGUUACUAUGAUGUGGUAUGGUGUGGUUACUAUGGAAACUAUAAAAAAUCAUAAACUGGACCAAAGAGCGACUCACUGCCUGUGUGUGUGUGCGUGCGUGCGUGCGUGUGAGAGAGUGUUAAUGUUUUAUACAUAUGUGAAUUCAUGUAAACAAUGUUGAUGCAGUGACAUCACGUCAUCGCUCGUGUUUGUGGGUGUGGUUUACUGACGGGACAUUCAUUGAUCUAUUAUCCAGUGAUGCUCUUUAAUAGCUCCACCUACAAAUGUUUAUAUUGAAGUGUUUUCAUCCGUAACUGCUUCUUAAAGGACUUUUCUGUGACACACGUUGUGUUUUAGUGUUGUCGGACUUUACAACAACAAGUGUUUUUUUAUUGAGGCUUUCUAUGAUGUGAUAUAAGUUAGAGUUCCAGCAGCACCUGUUGAUGUGUAAAGUCUCGUGUUCACGUUGUGUGGACGUGGUUUGUAAUCAGUAUUUGUUACAAUGUUUGUUAUGAUGUUUCCUGUGUUUAAUAAAGUAUAACUAAUAAUCA